AUGGCAAGGAUGAAGUGCUGUGGUGGUGAAUUUGGGUUGGACGACUGGAUAAUGGCAGUGACCAUGCUGCUUGUAAUUCCGCUCUCAUCGUUAUCUGUCGUUUUGGCUGAUACGGGCCUCGGUAAAGAUAUCUGGACGCUUCCCUUUGAUAAUAUUACCCGUAUUCUCAAGAUAUAUUUCUUCGACGAGUGUUUAUACCUUAGUAUUCUACCAUUGACGAAGAUUUCGAUUCUUUUCUUUUACUUGAGGGUCUUUCCAAAGCGCUCAUUCCGGAAUGCUGUGUACACUGUGAUCGUCCUCAAUGUUUGUUACAUGAUUGCAUUUGUGUUGAUUUCUGUAUUUCAGUGCCGGCCUCUCGAUGGUGCGUGGCUCCACUGGGAUAAAGAGCACCAGUAUCAGUGCAACAACAUCAACGCACAGGGCUGGGCGGCUGCCAUCUUCAAUAUGGUUUUGGACUUGGUCGUCAUGAUAAUGCCUCUCCGUGAGCUCUACCACUUACAGCUUUCCCUGCGGAAGAAGCUCUUUGUGAUGUUUAUGUUCAGCCUUGGUAUCUUCAGUGUCACACUGGUCAGCAUACUACGACUGGAAUCACUCAUUCAUUUUGCAAAUACCGACAACUUGACCUGGGACUAUGUCCAAGUCGGAUACUGGAGCACCAUCGAGGUCCACGUGGGAAUUAUUUGUGCCUGUCUACCGGCUAUCCGCACAUUACUGACCCGCAUCUGCCCCAGCAUUUUUGGUGAUACGAGGGCUCAGACCAGCACCAGUCGGUCGGGGGGCGCCAGCUCUCGGCUAGAAGGCGUGUUGCAAAGCAAGCCUAAAGUGAAAGGAGAUGAUUCGGACUUCCUUCCCCUUGUAGACAUGGAAAACUCCAGCCAAUUUGACUUGCAAAGACACCGGUGA